GUUAAGCUAACUAGCUGUAAUUUACAACACCAAAAUCUGUAUUAAUCACGGAGUGGAUAAGUAGCUCAAAUGUGUAGCAUAGCAAAGCUAAUGCUAACAGUUUCAUGUAAGUGAAUGAAAGAUGCUAAAACACUUAGCUUCAAGAUUAGUCAAGAUAACUAGCAGUCUACUGGGGUAGUUGGUAAUAAGCUCAAAAGUUUUGCAUAGAAAAGCUAAUACUAGCCGUUUCAAAUGUGUAGCAUAGCAAAGCUAAUGCUAACCGUUUCAUGUAAGUGAAUGAAAGAUGCUAAAACACUUAGCUUCUUAGUCUUGGAGGUAUAGUUCAAUAAAAACACAGAUAUGUCUGGUAGUCUGCUAGUUAGCAGAUUAGUUUAGAUAACUAGCAGACUAUUGGGGUAGUUGAUAAUAAGCUCAAAGGUUUUGCAUAGAAAAGCUAAUGCUAACCGUUUCAAAUGUGUAGCAUAGCAAAGCUAAUGCUAACCGUUUCAUGUAAGUGAAUGGAAGGUGCUACAAUGAUUAGCACCAUACUCCGGGGAAUAGUUAAAUAAAAACACUGAUUCGGGUGGUCUAACCUACUUUGUUAGUUAGUAGAUUAUUCAAGCUUUCUAACCAAGUAGGGUCCAUUUGAUAGAUUUGGUAGUUAAUAGCAAAACGUUUAAGCUAUGCUAACUGUUUCAUGUAUAUGAAUGGAGAAUGCUAGUACCAUUAGCACCAUACUCCAGGAGGAGAAUGGGAUUUGAAUAUUCUGUAAUAGCCUGUGCAUACACAUCACAGGCUGCAGGAGGAAGUCAACAGCUUGCAGCAGCUAAGGUAGGAGUUGUCACCAGACAGCUGCACUCAGAGAAGAUGCUGCUCACCAUCGCGGUUCACCUGUGCUUGUUCUCCUGUGUCUUCCUACAACAUGUCAGUGCAGAGGAUAUCGUGUGCAAUGUCACUCAGGAUGGUAGCGGGACGCAUUACAGUGUCCCAGAGUUCAAGGCAGAAAAAUGCCAUUACUCUUGGACCAACAUCAAUGACAGUGUUCUGGCAAAUCAUGAGCAAAAAAUGGAUGAGAUAGUGGCGAGAAAGAGCAGCAGGACUCUUUUUACCUAUAAGUGCUACGAGCGGAUCUCCUACAAACGAGACUGCAUCUCUGAGGGGACACCACGCACGGCAACCUGCACCAGAAACUGCACCGGGUUUCAUGUGAAUAAAGACGUUCCUGUCUACGUGAUUAUUGUUGUUGCUGUAGCUGUCGUCAUCCUGGUGCCGUUGGGACUUCUCUUGUGCAACAGACUCAAGUUGUGCAGGAAGCGGUAACCAAACCAGAUGCGUUUACCACACUGUGAAGAGGCCAAAUCAUCUCCCCAACACGACUGAUGUGGAGGCAGCUGAUUAGAAAGAUGUGGUGCUUUUUUCACUUUUCUACAAGAGAUUUUAUCACAUGGAUCAUUCCACUUGAUCCGUUACAGUGGUGUCAUGACAAUAAUGCCCUCCAUUUUCAAUUUAUUAUUGUACAUACUACUGGAAUGCCACAUAUUAAUUCGUUCAUUUGUGACUUAAACUGAAUAAGCUUAAUUUCCCAGAGUGCUCAGAUUCUUCAUACCUCCAGUUAUAACUCUGCACAUGAAUCCAGCUUUGAGCUACCAUUGGUUACUGUGGUAUGUGACUCAUGAUGUCAUCAGGUCAACAAAACCAGGGCUUCCCCUCUCCAGUGUCUCUCUUCUCCUGGACACUGCAGGGUUGUGCAGCUAUGAGCUGCUUGUCUCUCUCUGCUCUAAAGUAAACAGAACUCUCCUUCCUUAACGGCGGCGACACAGAGCCGGCCUGAUUCACGUUUACUGUCAGCGGCUACAACGCAAAGUCUGCCUGCUGCCUCCACAAGCAACUGGAGCCAUAAAGACAAGUUAGCACAGAGCUUGCUGCUAUUUCUACAGGACAGAGGAGUCACUGGUUUUCCUCCUACCUGCGACCUGGAAGCAAAGCCUGCACCGUUCAGCCUCGGAGCUGCAGCUUUUCUUAACCUGGCUCAACACAGUAGCAAGCUAAAGCACAAAGCACUUAUAGUCGCAUUUGUUAGACUACAUAUUGUUUUUUAGUGUUUUUACUUUUGUGUGCUUUUGAAUACACAUGCUGUCUAUCCAAAAUCCUUCAACCUUUACUAGCUAUUGAUUUGGUAAUUUUGGUUAUUUUGGUUAUAGGUGUUAAGUUAAUUAUUAAUCAGAGUAUAUUUUAUGAGACUGAAUCAGUGAAUUGGCUAUCAUUUCCCUGUUUUUCAGGGUGGUGUCCCGAGGUGAUUUGAUGUAAAUUAAAUCCUAUUAUUUAAAAUGAUUAAUUAUUUCUGAUAAUUAUUAAUUAUUUCUGGUAGCCAAAUUUAAUGGUGCAUAAUCCCUACGUUAUCACACGGGAUUUAAAGAAAACUGCCAUUACGGGUGGUUUCUUAGCAAACAUACUGUACUGUAGCA